AUGUACCAAUACGACUCGAAAGAUGUCAAGACUGAAGAAGUCUCCAACAGCACUGUUCAAGAGUCGAAUCUUGGAACUUUGCAAAAAUUACUUCAACAAAAUAAUGUGAACUUGGAUGAUUCUACAAAGUUGGACGGUAACAAUAAAGAUGAGCCACCUUCGAAUAAUAAUAAAAAUCAUUCUAGUAACGGUUCACAACUUGAUGAAUUGGAUGAAUUAGAUGUAAAAUGGUUAGAAAAUGAUAUGUUGAACAGUAAGACUUUGACUUUAGAGAUUUUACUAGAAAAUCAACCUGAAGAGCUAUUAUUUGAGCUGAUGGAUAAUCAUAUGGUGGAUGGUGACCAAGUUGAGAAAAAUCAAAAUAAUUCAUCGCAAAACAAGAUUACAGAGCAACCAACUGACCCUCAACAAGAUUUGAAUGUCAAAACGAGAAUUGUCGAUGGUGACGAUGCGUAUGACGCAUCUGAUAAAAAUAACGAUGAUAUCGAUUCAAAUUUUAUGAAACGUUCCAUUAAUGCAUUAAACAAUGGUGAUGGAAACAAGACCCAAUUACCAAACAAAAAACAAAAACAUAUCAAGAAUACCGCUUACAGACCACUUCUGUCUCCGGCAUCAUUAUCACCAACCUCUACAGAUGAAGAGCGUGAUUCCAAUGUAAACAACAACGACGAUAAAGUUGAAUUGAAAUCAAAAGCAACGGAAGCUCAACCUGUAAAAUUGAGCACUGCUGAAAUUACUAAGCAUGUUCGUCAACAAAAGGUCUUAAACAAGAAAGACAAAUCGUCUCAACCAUUACAAAUUAUUGAAACUCCAAAGAAAUUAACCAAUGCAUUUACAAUGAAUCAAGUGUCAGAAAUGAAACAAAGAAUCAUUAAUACCCAUAAACUUUUAUUGAAUUUUAAUUUGUUAAAGGAUAGCUACGCUAAAACUUGUGUUGAGAUGAAAAAUGCAUUAGUCAAUUUAAAAGAUGCAGAAAUUCAUAGAGCUCAUUUACUAAUCGAAAAUGAAAACUUGAAAAGAGAGUUAGAAUUCUAUAAAUUGAAUAACAGUAACGAAAAAUGA